UCAUAAAUAACCCGAACUCCAUGCCCCUGGAUGAACCGUCGUGGCGAAUGCCGCUACAUUUUGCCUCUGGGCUCUGUCCCAGCCGCGUAUAAGAGCGUCGGCUCCUCUGCCUCCCCGCGUCUCUCUCACUCUCGAUCGCGAUCACGAGCGGACGCACACGCACUGCCUCCUGCGAUUCCGCAACUCCCUUCCCCUCUCCAAAACCGCGCGCACGGUUCGGGCGGUGGAGAGCGAAUGAUGGACGGCGACGAGUGGCGUUGCCGGAGGCACCCGGCCCUGCCCUGCGGCGGUGUGUGCCCGCACUGCCUCCGCGACCGCCUCCUCCGCCUCUGCCUCGACUGCGCCUGCCCGCGGCCCUGCCCCUGCGCGUCCUCCGUCUCGUCGCCCUCAUCCUCGUCCUCCGCGGCCUCCGGCAGCGCGCUCGGCAGGGUCCACAGCCUCAUCGAGCGGGAGAGCCGGGUCGCGCGCUCCCGAUCCGUCGCCGCGUCUUCCGGAGGCGGCGUCGGUGUCGGCGACGACCAGAGGAGGGCCAAGUCCAGGGUCUGGGGCUGGGUGUCGUUCCGGAAGCCGGCGGGGCCGGUCUGCAGGGACGUGGAGGAGGAGUACGAUGAAGCGGUGGCAUUGGCGAGAUCGAGAUCGGUGUCCACGGCGGCGGCGAAGCGGCCCUCGAAGGCGGGAGUGUGGGGGAAGCUCAUCCCAGGGAAGAUCAAGGCGCUGCGCAAUCGAAAGGCGAGCGUGCGGUGAGAUGGAUGGAUCGACGUGCGGAUGGCGAUUAGUUCGGGUGAGUUUGUUGCUACUUGAGCGAUUAAAUUAGGCGGGGUUGAUAAUUUGGUUACUUUCACUCUUAAUUUUCGGCGCGGGUGCGCUCUGGCGCAGCGCUAAUUCGCUGAUUCAAUCUGUUGAUAUUAUGUAAUCUCACUUGCAUUGGGCCUCAGCAAUUGCUGCAAUCAUAGGCAGAAAUGUGAAUAUGUUAGUGGCGACCACUUUCGCACGUUCUUGAUUUAUUCGAUGACA